ACUAGUUGUUUGUGGAAUUAGCGAAAUUACUAAUGGGUAUUUAAGCCGUUUACCCAUACGAGCUUUUGUUUUUUAUUUGUACUUAUUGUGGUGAUAAAAGACGUUGCCGGGGUUCUCAUAAAGCAGUCAAACACUGCUUGUCGUCGUCCUCUUCGUCCUGACGCCAGCGCAAGACUCCCUAUGGCCCGCACGGAAACGAAAAAUCCAAUAAAAUAAAUGUAUGUGUGAAUUAUUCGUGGGUCGCGUGCCGUGCUGUGUUCUGUGUAAAAUGGCUCUCGACCGCGGCUCAGUUAGAAUCCACCAUUCGUACGCCGCAGUUGCCAACGCUUCAGGAGUAGCUUUAAAAUGACGACACAACAACACACACAAGCCGUCAAUCCACGCGCCAAUGUCUUCAUACUGGUCAAUCUGGGCUGUGAGGCAUUGUUCGUAAUUGACCAACGACUGAAGGCCCAACAAAUCGAGUCCGACAAAUCCGUUCAGGUCAUACACGAUGUGAUUUCGGUGCUGUUGGAGCCCAAAUUCAUAGAGUCGCUGAUCAAUGGAUCCGUGCACAGUGAAGCCCAACUGUUGACGGCCGAGCACUGCAAGUUCAUGUUAAAUGACAUCGCCACCUGUUCGCUUAUGCGGCUCACCGAGACAUCUAUGGAUAAGCUGUGGAAUCUGAUGACGAUGGUCUACAAGUGGCAAUUGUUUGUGUCACAGCAUCAGCACAAUUUGCUGGAUAUAACAUUUCGUCACCUAGACGCCAUCAACAAACUGCACCCUGACGCAAAGCGUCAUAUGCUCAUCGAUUUCAGCAAGAAUACUUUAUUGGAUUUCUGGAAUUCCUGCGGCGAAGAUCAACAGCUGUCCAUCUAUCGCACCAAUAAGGCCUGGUUACAGUGCUUCAAUACAAAGAUAUCGUUGCUGAUACGCCUUGGAUUUCAGGCUAUGGAUGGCAGCUUCAUCAAUGCUAUGGAUCAGAGUCAUUAUUUAGACUAUGCAAAGUGCAUUGGUGAGAAUAUCUACAUAAAGAGUAGCGAACUCGCUCAGCAACAGCAACAACAAGAGCCAAAUCGCAUGGAUCAACUGGCUGCCCAGCUAAGCAUCGGCCAGACGCCACUUGCGGCUGGUGAGGAUUUGCAGCCCAUCGAUGCGGGUCGGUUUCAGAAGCAAUUUGAGCAAACAUUCUCCCACCCAUUGUUCGUCGAUUUAGAUAACAACGCCACGACCCAGACGCAGAGCAAUCCAAACGCCUCAGGUUGUGAGUUUGUGCAGCUGCUGACAGCAGACAGCAAUCCUAAUCCAAAUAUCAAUCCGGAACCGACGAGCAGCAGUGGAAGCGGCUCAGUGCUCAAUCAGCAACUGAUCGAUUUGUACAGCAAAAUGCACUAAAAAUCUAAGGCAGGGGUAAGAGAGUGAGGGUGUAAUGCAUAAUUAGAAAA